AUAGUUGUUGCGGUUAGGCGGCGUGAAGGAAUAUUAUUUUUCAUCCCCCGUGUGGAAGGAAGACUGGACUGCGUCCAACAAGAGGAGGAACAGGGUGCCUUUCUGAAGAUUAAAUCAAUCGAUCAUUCGAUUAAGAGAGCGGCCUUCGAAGGAUAAUCAACCGAUAUGCCAAUUCGAUUUCUGCUGAGUUCCGCGGUUUUCACUUCAAUAUUCCUCCCCUGUUCGAUAAUUCUAAGCUGUUUUCCAGGAUCCGUGUCAUCAGCAGUUGUUACACUGAAGUCCAUUGAAAUAUUCAAAACCCAUGAGUGGCUGAAAACCAAGCCAACGGUUUAUUUUCAAUGUCAAGGUGAGAACAAGACAGUUUUGCCUGAUGUGAAGGAACCACAUGUCUUUUAUACUUUCAAGGGUGAAGAGUCUUGGCAGCCUCUGACCAAACUGUCAAAUAAAAAAUGCAAGCGAUGUGGGUUCUAUGAGAGGGACAUCAUUAAAUCAGAUGAUGUAUUUGAUGAGUGGGAGUUGUGUCCUUCUGAUUUUUCAGAUGCCCAUGGGAUUUAUGUUCGGGUCAAAGCACAGGAAUUCAAUGCUACAUUUCUGUGUCCAGAUUGCGUUCCUCUUGAAAAUGCUUCCAAUCACACCUCUGAAUCACACAAUGGAGGAAAGGGAAUGCAUGUACUCAUAGUGGUAAUGAUUAGUGCUCUGGUUUCAAUGGUAUCAAUUCUUGGAGCUGUGGCCGCAUUCAAAUAUUGGCAGAAGAGGAAGCGAGAACAGGAGCAGGCUCGGUUUCUGAAGCUCUUCGAUGAUGGCGAUGACAUUGAAGAUGAAUUGGGCCUCGGUCAUGUAAUAUAGCGAAGAGUUUCUUAUUUUCUCUUGCUUUGCCGAAGCAUCUGUACAGUGGGGAAAAAAAAAUAUACAUGGCUGAUAAAUUUUGUUCUCUUGAAAUAUACAACCUCAUACACGAGGCAUGCCAAUGUUCUUUGUGCAUUUUUUUUUUUUUCCAUGGGAAAUCUUGUUUCCGCAGCAACUGGGAAUCCACUGCUUGACAUAGAUUGCUGUGGAAAGAACAGCAACCUUCUGCUAUGCAUGGAAGGAAUGUAAUUUUAGAAUAUGAUACAUGUAAUUUGAGUGUUUAUUGAGAUUUUUUUUUUUCCGGUUGGCUUGAACGAGAGGUGAGAUAAUGCAAAACAGGGGAAUGAUUCGAUUGGAUUUGUUGACA